AUGUGGACCGCUCGGAUUGUUCUCGUAGUUCUCACCUUUUUUUUUCUUUCAUCUGUCGAUGCGGCGAAUUACAAUCCGAUUGCUGAUUGUUUUAAGUUGGUGUCAGUUCAAAAUGCUGACAAAAAAAAGCCAUCGAUUCCGCCGAAUGCUUGCCAUGAUACCGAUGCAAGUCUUUGUUUCGCAUUAUUCCCACUGGAUGCGAAUACAAUUCAAAACAAUUUAAUGGAGUAA